CAUUGUCCUCUUACGUGUGUGUGUGUGAGCAGGGUGACAUGGACGAGGGCAGUGUGAGGAAGAGGAAGGACAUGUUUAAUGGAGGCCCCGCCCCCGGCCCAACCUCCAAUAUGUCUGCCUCCCACUCCAAGCCUGCUUAGGAGGACGUGAAGGCUACCGUGCUACAGAAGGAUGUGGGCCUUUUGAGUGGGAUUUGUCUGAUCGUAGGAACAAUGAUCGGCUCCGGCAUCUUCAUCUCCCCUAAGGCAGUGCUGCUGGAAACGGGAGCCGUAGGACCAUGUCUGUGUGUCUGGGCCGCCUGCGGGGUGCUGGCUACACUGGGGGCGCUGUGCUACGCGGAGCUGGGCACCAUGAUCACUAAGUCUGGAGGGGAAUACCCGUACUUAAUGGAAGCCUUUGGGUCAGUGAUUGCCUACCUCUACUCAUGGAGCACCAUCAUGGUCCUAAAGCCCUCCUCCUUUGCCAUCAUCGCCCUAAGCUUUGCAGAGUACGCCUCCACGCCGUUCUACCCAGGAUGCACUCCUCCCAUUGUGGUCACCAAGUGCCUGGCUGCAGCGUGCAUACUUCUGAUAGUGUUGGUGAACUGUCUCAGUGUGAAGCUAGCCAGCUAUGUCCAGAACUUCUUCACUGCAGCCAAGCUUCUCAUCAUCCUGGUCAUCGUAGUGGCAGGAAUCGUCCUCUUGGCACAAGGAAACACUGAGAAUCUGUCCAACCCAUUUGAAGGAGCCUCAACCUCCUUUGGAUCCAUUGGACUGGCGUUUUACAACGGGCUCUGGGCCUACGAUGGGUGGAAUCAGCUGAACUUUAUAACAGAGGAGCUGGAAAACCCAUACAGAAACCUUCCCCUGGCCAUUAUCAUUGGUAUUCCCUUGGUGUCUGUGUGCUAUGUGCUGGUCAACAUUGCCUACUUCAGCGCCAUGACCCCUACAGAACUACUGCAGUCUCCCGCUGUCGCUGUGACUUUUGGUGACAGAGUGCUGUACCCCCUGUCGUGGGUAGUCCCUGUGUUUGUCGUCUUCUCCACUUUCGGAGCGGCCAAUGGGAGCUGCUUCACUGCCGGCAGGUUGACCUAUGUGGCAGGAAGAGAGGGUCACAUGGUAAAGAUCUUGUCCUAUAUCAGUCUGAAGCGUUACACUCCUUCCCCUGCCAUCAUCUUCAAUCUCAUUGCACUCCAACUCAACUCUACUCAGCUCAUUGCACUCCAACUCAACUCUACCCAGCUCAUUGCACUCCAACUCAACUCUACCCAGCUCAUUGCACUCCAACUCAACUCUACCCAGCUCAUCGCACUCCAACUCAACUCAGUCUACUCUAAUAGCCCAAUAUGACCAUGACAUGACUGAAUGUUGAGUCCUGUGUGUGUUAAUAAGGAUAUUAUAGUUUUAUGUUUUUAGAUUAGUUUUUAUUUCUAUUAGUUUAAAGAUUUGUAUGUGAAAUUCAGCUUAGUUUGUUCGUUUUCAGAUCCACCCCAGCUAGCAUUU